GACGCAACCAUCAUAUUUAAUUAGGGGCAGGGCGUUGUUUACAUUCCAUUAGUAUUAAUGUCGUAUUUUUAUUAAUUUUAAGUUUAAAACAGUACAAAAAGUGCCUUACAAUCAUGCCAGCACUCCAACAACUGCUGCCCCUGCUGGUCCUGCUCGUUGCCGUCGAAAAAGGAUCGGCGAUCUGGUGCUACCGUUGCACGUCUGCCACACCCGGCUGCGGCGAUGAGUUCAACUGGCGCGGCAUCGGCUACCUCGGCGAAGCCUGCCCGGAGGACGACGACAUCUGCGUGAAGGUGAUCGAGCGGAAGGGCACUCAGGAAACCAUCACCCGGGACUGCCUCAGCUCGCUGCAGGGCUUCCGGACGGACAUCCCGGCGGACAAGUACGAGGGAUGUCGGCCGGGGGCGCACGACGCCCAGUUGGCACAUUACGUGAACAAUUCCAUUAAGGAGUUGGACGUGCGGCGGGACCACUUCAGCAAGACGACGUUCUGUUUCUGCUUCCUGGAUCAUCGCUGCAACGGGGUGGCAAGGGAUGGAGCGUCUUGGCAGGUUGCUGCAGCGUUGCUGGCAGUGGUUGGGGUCGUUGGGCGAAUGCUGCUGUAGGGAGGUAUUCGGUAUUUUUAUGAUAAAAUUAUCCGUCCAUUUUAGGCUCGAACGUGAGGAGAAUCUCAUUUUCGAUCUGUGUUAGCGUACUUGUAGUAAGUAUGAGGUUUUUAUCUGACAGAGCAGUGUAGAACUAAAUUUUAACGACCAUUCUUGUAAUAAACUAAUAAAAUUUUAAGCUUUUUAAGGAA